CACUCGGCAAGUUUAAUGACAAUUCCGCCGAAGAUUUCAAUACGUGGCCCCCUCGUGUCUGGCAUAAACAGAGCACCGCUGACAGGAGACGGUACACCUAAACCUCCACAGGAAACGCGUUUGGAAACACACACUCUUCCAUACUCGUCUUGAGAUGCGUUAAUAUCACCAUAUUGCAUCGGGAGGUCGACAUGGCCGGUCUCGAACAAAUAGAGGUUCAUUCGCGGGACUAUCUGGUGCGCUGGGUCAACGUGAAGCAAGAAUAUACGAUCUCUUGGACGAUACUGCCUCACAAGAAGUCUCUCAACUUCGGAGUGUUCAAACACCCCGGCCCUGCCUCGACUCUGCAUUCCUCCUCCACCUCCCUUCCUCCACCCUCACCAAAUACCUUUGCUGCGGACGAAGACAGGCCCGAGGCCUCUACCACCGCCCUCGAGAAGUUGACGGGUAUCGGGCUGAAGCAGAUAAGAUGGGUGGGCAAGUGCGAAGCCGACAAGGUCACGCAAGGCCGACAUGACGUGCGCAUCGGCGAAGCGGGCAACUAUGCGCUGGUGUUUGAUAACACCUUCUCUAAGAGUCUCUCGAAGACGGCGACAGUAUUUUUGCUCACGUAUCCGACGUCAUGCCAGCCUCAAAUACACUUCGGCGCGCAACAGCACCAUGGCCAGGCGAUGGCAACGGCCAUGGCAAUAGCAGCAUCAGCCUCGGCGCCAAAGAGAAGUCCGAGAAUGAAGGCCAAGGACAAAGAAUCGCUCGACUCACUUCGACAGCUAUCGGUCACCCAUUCUGGCCCAGGAAGCGUCGGCCCGCCGAGCAUCGCGGCGGUCUCUGAAGGAUUACGACUGGAUUCCCCGUCCAUAUUCACUGGAGUUCUCCAAAAGCGCCGGCGCAAGAAGCAUCAGGGCUAUGCAAAGAGAUUCUUCUGCUUAGAUUACACCUCUUCUACUCUGUCCUACUAUCGUGAUCGCAACUCUUCUGCUUUGCGGGGAGCCAUUCCUCUGUCGUUGGCAGCGAUUGCGGCCAAUGCCAAUUCGCGCGAGAUAUCGAUCGAUUCUGGCGCCGAGAUCUGGCAUUUGAAAGCAAGCAACGACGCCGACUUCGAGGCUUGGACGAACGCGCUGCAGACAGCGACACGUCUCAUGCUUGAGGCUACCACUGCUGGCGACGAUCUACACGUAGAGACCGGCAGAGGCGGCUUCCAGGACGGGACAGGGCCGCUGGAGGAUCAGGAUUGGGCAAGACUAGAGAAUCUACUGAGCAGAAUAUCGGGAACACGAGAUGCAGUAAGGCGAAUAUGUCUCGAUACGCUGGCACAGCCACUUCCGCCUCCUUCACCUCGACUGGGGUCCACUUCCGCUGGCUCGACGCCCAUAGAAGGACCGACGGAAGAUUACUUCAGACAAGAGGACAAGCAACCAUUCUGGAAGCGAAAGUCCAGCGCAACCUACAACAAGACCAACAUCUUCAAGCGCAGCGUGUCAGCUCAGUUAGCUGUUCCCGCACCCGGGUUUGAGCCAGUCAUUCGCAAUGGCCCAGCGUCUCCUCAACAUUUACCCAACGGUUACUCUAGACAUUACAAUCAGUCCGAGGAGAGUAUGCAUGAUCAUUGCAAAGCAGUACUCCACGAUUUGGACUCGGUCGUCGGCGAAUUUGCAGUCCUCAUGUCGGAGAGCAAGAUCCGGAGGACGACACCGCCAAAGUCUGCAGUGUCUCGAAUGAGUCUGCAGUCGAUUGACUCGCAAGAAUAUUUUGAUGCGCAGGACAAUAAUCGCUUGCUGAACAUUCACAGUGACACAGAUCACGAAGCUACAGAUGAGGGCACCGGCGAAGAUGAUGAUUCUGUGACCAGCAGUGACAUUGGGGAGGAUAGCUUGGAAGUGAUGAAAAGACGUUCUGGGAGCGUUUCAUCAUAUCUCCCACCUCGGGCCAAGUCACUUGUUCCCUUACCACUGGACCAUUCAAUAUCAAGGAGGGCGACCAUUGCGCCUCCGACAAUUAUGCCUCCUAGCCUGAUUGGAUUCCUCAGGAAGAACGUGGGGAAGGAUUUGUCAACCAUAUCUAUGCCUGUGUCAGCCAACGAGCCACUGUCCUUGCUUCAAAGGGCAGCUGAACAGCUCGAAUACUCGCAACUCUUGGAUGACGCCAACAAGAGUCCUGAUGUAUUUGAAAGGUUGAUGUACGUUUCCGCUUUCGCCGUGUCGGCCUUGUCGAAUGCGCGGGUCAAGGAGCGGUCGAUCCGGAAGCCAUUCAAUCCCAUGCUUGGAGAGACGUACGAGCUGGUUCGAGAAGACCGCGGCUUCCGAUUUGUUGCGGAAAAGGUGUCGCAUCGUCCCGUCCAGCUUGCGUUUCACGCCGAGUCGAGCCAAUGGACGUUUACUCAGUCACCCCUGCCAUCGCAAAAGUUUUGGGGCAAAUCGUCCGAGAUCAUCACGGAAGGUAAAGCUCGACUGAUACUGCAUUCCACGGGAGAGGUGUAUAGUUGGUCCGCUGCGACCUGCUUCUUACGGAACAUUAUUGCAGGAGAAAAAUACGUGGAACCGGUAGGGACCAUGACCAUCAUUAAUGAAAGCUCCGGACACAAGGCGGCAGUAACGUUCAAGGCCAAAGGCAUGUUCUCCGGCCGAAGCGAGGAAGUGGAAGUGCAGACCAUCGACAGUCACGGGCAAGAGCGGUCGGAAGGGCUGAAUGGGACGUGGACGAACUCACUGCAGCUGAAGGAACCUGGCAAGUUGGCUCGGUCAACUGUAUGGUCAGUUGGGCCUUUGGUGGAGAAUGCGCCGAAACAUUAUGGCAUGACUCUUUUCGCUGCGCAGCUCAACGAGACCACCGAGAUUGAGCAGGGGAAACUCCCGCCCACAGAUAGCCGGCUCCGACCUGACCAAGUUGCACUCGAACAGGGCGACCAUGAUCAAGCAGAGACGUUAAAGAACAAGCUUGAGGAAGGGCAAAGGGCACGGCGGAGAGAAAUGGAGUCGAACGACGAGACAUGGAAGGCUCGGUGGUUCACCAAAGUCGAACUGGAAGACGAAGUGGUAUGGAAGUUGAAGACUGGCAAGGACGGGUAUUGGGAGGAACGCGCUCGUGGAGAAUGGACGGGGGUGGUGCCUGUCCUUCAGAUCUAAUACUUGAGGUGACAGAGCGACUGGAGCGUGCGAUGAGCGUGCAAUACUAGACUUUCUGGGGAGGGAUGUGGAAGGGCCUUUUGAGUUAUCUCGUGCCGGAGGGAAGGGGGCCAUGUGUGGUCGACUGGGCCUGGCCAUGUCUGGUGGCUGGGAUUGACAUUUAGUACUCCGUACCUUCUACUUGUUGUUUGAUCUAUCUACGAUACCUGUCUUUCUCACACACACCGGCCUUUCUGUUCUCUCCCAAAUCUGUCUAUUAUUGUCAACUAUGCCCGC